AUCCUCCGCUCCCUGUUACCGUUGCUAAUAGCUCUCUUGCGCUCCUUCUCUCCCUCUUCCUCUUGAUCUCCAUCUCAAUCUCUUCUUCAUCGUAGCUCAAAUCAAAGAGAGGAAGAGGAGCAGGUUGUGGUCGAUCUGCAACGAUGGAGUCGAGGAAGAGUCGAUUAAACCUCCCCGCCGGCAUGGAGUCUUCGCUCCGCCUCGAUCCUGUCCCCUCCGUCUCCUUCUUUCCGGCCAUCCCGAAGACGCCCUCCCCCAAGAAGACUACCUAUGGAGACCGAUUCAUCCCCUGUCGCUCAUCCUCCCGGCUACAGAACUUCGCGCUGACAGAGAAACCCUCGCCGUCCAAGGAGGGUGGGAAUGACGCCUACUCCCGCCUGCUUCGAGCAGAGCUCUUUGGGCACGAUCCUUCUCCUGGAGGCACCCCUGGAGGCGCCCAGGGUUCUCCGAUAAGCCCCAACAAGAAUCUAUUUCGAUUCAAGACGGAUCACCCCGCUCCAAGCUCUCCCUUCGCUGUCUCUUCCAUGGGGAUCGGGCACGAUAACGCCGUGGAGGUCUCCACGCCACCCAAAAUUCCAAGGAAGAUUCCAAAAACGCCGCACAAGGUCUUGGACGCGCCCUCGCUUCAGGAUGAUUUUUACCUGAAUCUGGUCGAUUGGUCCUCCCAGAAUGUUUUGUCUGUUGGACUUGGGACUUGUGUGUAUCUUUGGUCAGCAACCACAAGCAAGGUGACAAAAUUGUGCGAUUUGGGCAAUAGAGAUGGUGUCUGCUCAAUCCAGUGGAGCAAAGAAGGUUCUUACUUAGCAAUUGGAACAAGUCUUGGAGAUGUUCAGAUUUGGGAUGGCACACGCUGCAAAAUGAUUCGAAACAUGGGCGGACACUCUACAAGGACUGGAGUAUUGGCUUGGAGUUCAUGCAUAUUAUCUUCAGGGAGUAGGGACAAGAAUAUACUUAAUCAUGACCUUCGAAUUCCAAGUGAUUUUGCUAGCCAGCAUGUUGGUCAUAGAUCUGAGGUUUGUGGACUAAAAUGGUCCCAUGACGAUCGUGAACUUGCAUCUGGUGGAAAUGACAAUCAGCUCUUAAUUUGGAACCAGCGGUCUCAAAGCCCAAUCUUUAAACUAACAGAGCAUACAGCUGCAGUUAAAGCCAUUACUUGGUCACCCCACCAGCAUAACCUCGUUGCAUCAGGAGGUGGAACGGCAGAUAGGUGCAUCCGCUUCUGGAACACUAGUAAUGGGAACAUGCUUAACUGUGUGGACACCGGUAGUCAGGUCUGUAAUCUAGCAUGGAGUAAGAAUGUAAAUGAACUAGUGAGUACGCAUGGUUACUCCCAGAAUCAAAUCAUGGUGUGGAAGUAUCCAUCUUUGAACAAGGUAGCUACGCUAACAGGCCACACGCUUCGUGUUCUUUAUCUUGCCAUGUCACCAGAUGGGCAGACGAUAGUGACUGGAGCAGGCGAUGAAACACUCAGAUUUUGGAACGUUUUCCCUUCAAUCAAGACACCAGCUCCUGUGCGUCAUACUGGAGUUUGGUCCAUGGGGCGAACGCAUAUCCGAUGAUCAGGUAGAAAAACACAAUGGGCAGAAAGGAACCACUUUGUGAAUUUUCUAACAACAAAAUAAGUUCCUCAAUCAUAAAUGAUACCUUUAUUUUUUUAUAAAACAAAUUGUGCUCCCACACCAACUGCAAUUCAUAACAACAAAUUCAUAUGAUCGCUAUUAUUUCUGCUUGAGGUUGUCAGAGAAAAAGAGUUUAGAAACACCUUAAAAGUUUCAAUUCUUGUUUGUUAACAAUUCUUACUAAAUUAGCUUGUAUCAAGUGCUAUUUUCUACAAUGUUUAUGUGAAUGUGGAGGUCUUACUAAGCAUAUUCCAGAGUGGCUGUACUGUAUACUAUAAUACUACAGAGUGGUUGAUUUAUAUUUA